UCAUGUGGAGUAAUAAUAAUAAGCCCUCAUGUUAUGCCACAGUAUAGCUCCACCCUUCAGCUCCAGUCCUGAUUUUCAAGCCUGGUUACCAGUAGUCUAGACAUUAUAGAAAAAGAUCCAGGGUUUGAAGUCCCUGCUCCAUGCUCCACCCCUGGUGUUUCUGUUUUCCAGGUCUUUGUCCCCGGAACUUGCACUCAUUCCUGGGUGUCCACCAGGGUUUUCUGCUCGCAUCUGGAUCCCAGUACGACUAGCAUACAGUCCGGUGUCCUGUCCAACAGAAACCACGACCUCCUUAAGUUUGGAAAGAAAGCAAGAAAAGAAAAGAAGAAAGGAGAAAAACACCUUCCCGGCAACUUUUCUGUCGUCUACUCUGCCCCCGUGGUUUAUCCUGUCGUCGAAGCUGUGAAGCAGUGGUGUGAAUCUGAGAUUCUUGCCUGCAGUUAAAAAAAAGUUUUUACGUGUUUUAAAAUUGUAUGUUGCUUCUUUUUGUUUUUUCGAUUGAGUCUGGGACUCAACACAUAUCCAAGCUUUUAAACGGACGACGUUAGCACCGUGCCUUAAGUGUUUUUUUCGGUGUUUUCCCUCUCUCGAAGUUGUUCGGAGGUUUCAGAGGUGGCCUCAGAGCUGCUGUGAAUGAAGUAUCUGUUGAGCUGAAGAAAUCAGCGCGUCUCCAUGAGGAAACUCAGCGUGGGAGUCGCUGAAAGUUUGUCCUAGCUUACGCACACCUGAGCGAUUAUAUAUUAUUUUUUCUUUUGUUUUUUGUGCUGGUAACUUUGUAGUUUUUUUUAACUGCCACACAAUGAAGACGCUGUUGGUGCUGUGUUUAGUUUGCACGCUGGUUAUGUUGUCGGUGUCCGGGACCGCGGAGCAAAAGUUGAAAAACUGUAAUGAAGUUCGUGCUGCUUACAGCUCCAAAGGCUUCAACGUUAACGACGUCCCCAACAAAGGAGUCAACGGAGCCCCCCUGAAAGUGUGUCCGCAGGGUUUCUCCUGCUGCACAGUGGAGAUGGAAGAGAAGCUGAGCCAGCAGAGCCACUCGGACAUGAAAGCUCCCGUGUCGAGGCUUAGCACCAACCUACAAUCCACCUUCAAACAGAAGCACGACCACUUUGACAAGUUUUUCCGUGAGCUUUUGAAAAAUGCAGAGGUCUCGCUGCACAACAUGUUUGUGAGAACCUACGGGAUGAUGUACGUGCAGAACGCAGAGCUGUUCAAGAACUUUUUCGAGGCCCUGACUCGAUACUACGCGUCUGGCAGCGCUGCCGUCAACCUGGACUCCAUGCUGUCGGACUUCUGGGCCGACCUCCUGGAGAGGAUGUUCCGGCUGGUCAACGUGCAGUACGAAUUCAGUGACGCAUACAUGGAGUGCGUCAGCCGGCACACGGACCAGCUACAGCCAUUCGGCGAUGUUCCUCGCAAGCUCCGCAUCCAGCUGACACGGGCAUUUGUUGCGGCACGCACCUUUGUGCGCGGCCUGGCACUCAUGCCAGAGGUGGUCAAUAAAGUUUCUACGGUCAGUGCAUCUCCCAGCUGUGUGCGAGCGGUCAUGAAGAUGAUGUACUGUCCCUACUGCUCGGGCCAAGUGGCACUGAAACCCUGCCAGAACUACUGUCUGAAUGUGAUGCGCGGCUGUUUGGCCAACCAGGCUGACUUGGACACAGAAUGGAACAACUUCCUCGAUGCCAUGCUUAGUCUCGCUGAGAGGCUCGAAGGUCCAUUUAAUUUUGAGUCUGUCAUGGAUCCCAUCGACGUGAAGAUCUCGGAGGCCAUUAUGAACAUGCAGGAGAACAGCAUGCAAGUGUCUCAGAAAGUUUUCCAGGGUUGUGGGCAGCCUAAACCAAACAUGGCCUUCCGUUCCAAGCGUUCUGUUAAAGAAACAGGCUUUACUGGCCGCUUCCGCCCCUACAGCCCUGAUGCUAGGCCCACCACUGCUGCUGGGACCAGUUUAGAUCGAUUGACAAAUGAUGUGAAGAAGAAGCUGAAACACGCUAAGAAGUUCUGGUCCACAUUGCCAGAGACGGUAUGUGCAGGUGAGAGGAUUGCACCUGGGGACGAGUGCUGGAACGGAACAGCAAAAAGCAGGUACGAGUCAGUUGUCAUUGGCAAUGGACUGGCCAAUCAGGUGUCGAACCCUGAUGUGGAUGUGGACAUAACAAAGCCAGACAUUGUGAUUCGCAGUCAGAUUGCAGUUUUGAAGGAAAUGACGAGCUGGCUCAAAGCUGCACACAGUGGCAAUGACAUCUCUGUUGAGAUCGAUGAUGAUGGCAGUGGAGGAGAGGAGAGCGGCAGCGGUUGUGACUCUCCAUCCUGCGACACAGACCGGGACAUCUACUUCUCCACGCCACCGAACCCUGGCAAACCCCGGGUUAAUCAAGUGGUGGUGGGCAGAACUCCAUCGGCCGGGGUUCCCUCACAGGGAAGCAUGGUGCUGGUGCUCUGUGGGCUGGCCCUGGCCCUGCUUGCUCCCCACUUGAGAUAAAACUGGCUGGGCAGGGAGAGGACGAGAAUGACCAGGAGUGAUCGAGCGAAGGGGAAAAUUGUCAGAGAGACUUUAAAAAGACUGCCUUCAGGACCUUGGACUGUCCACCAUUGGGGGGGGAGACUCUUCAUAAUAUUAUAAUAACUUCACUUUUAAUUAUUUGUUUGUAUGUUUUUAAGGACAUCAGUGUACAGCAAUAUGAUUUUCUCCUCAAGAAAUCCACCUUUUUUUCCCCCUUUUCCCCAGAUAAACCUUUACUCCUUAUGGCUCUUUUGGAGCUUCACUAUGGUUCUGCUUGCAGCAUAACAAACAUUAUAUAAUUGUCUUAUUUUGGCAAUUUAAUCUCAUAAUUCAUUUGUGUGCCUUCUUCAAUGAUUGCCAUUUCAUAACUAAAGAGUAAGUAAGAUGUUUGGUUGAACAUUGAGUGCCUGUGGUGGGACAUACCUUCAUAUUUCUGAGGAUUUUCUUUCCAAUAUUCAGAGAUCAUCAAAUCAUGUAAUGUUGUUAUGGAUGUUAACAUUUCAUAACAGCAAUUUUGCACAUUAUCAAUGUGCGUACUGUGAAUGUUUGAGUCUGUGCAUUUAUACAUUUGCAUACAUCAUCCAGGCAGAAAUUAUAAAGCUACCUGUUGACCUCUGCUAAGGAAUAGUUUGAGCUUUAGUUCAGUUUUCUUUGGAGAGAUGUUUAAAAUCUUCUCAGAAAUACAGAGAGAGAAGUUAGAACACAGGUAUUUAUGUUUCACCUGGAGAUGGAAUCGGUCUUUAGAAGAGCUUUUAGGGCACGCUGCGAGCCCAAACAUGCAUAUUGUAUGUCUGCUAUAAGCAUUAUCACAACCUAACUUUGAAUUUCUUUGAUUUUUAAUUUAAUUUCCUCAGCUUAAAGACUUCAAUUGUAAGGCCAUACCUCAUGCAUGCUCUCAUUGCCAAUGCAAUCCAGUGAUGUUAAGUUGAAAGUGUCUGACAGAGUUAAGAUAUGUGGCUGGCAACCUGGUGGAAGGUAACUGGCGUGGAAGGAGAAGGACUCCCCUGGCAUUACCCCUAAAGAAGGCAAAGCUGACAAGUCCUGAAAGCCCUUUUUGGUACUGUAAGCUCAGUUCAGCACAGAGGAUCUGACUCUAUACAGUCUGACUGUUUGAAAAGAAAAGGUGGUGACACGUAUGUUCAGAGCAUUUCACAUUAAACUAGAGAAGAGGAACAAAAGACGGUGAUCAAAUGAAAUCAAGAAAAGAAUAUUUUAAUACAGGGUUUUAUGUUGAAGAGGUGUUGUAACUUUUAGCUAUUUUUGGUAUGAAGAUAUAUAUUAGGUACUACAGUGGAUUUUACUGCUAGUUUUAGGUGGUGGAAGAGAACAGUGUGCACAGAACAUGGGGGCACUUUUGGUCAAUGUGCAGUGUUUUGGGGCUUUUUUUUGCCCACACCCCACAAUACACACUUGUACCUCUUAAAUGGCCGGUGUCAGUAUAAAUGGAUUCAUCCUGAACCAUUUGAUCUACCUAUCAUCAUCCUCACGUUCUCAUCAUUUCGACUCAAGACGGAAAUGUUGAAGUAUUGUCACAAGUGCUGCCAAAAUUAAUGCAACAUAUGGUGCCUGAUCUUCGUUUUUUUUAACCUUGGUACAUUAUUAGCAACUUGGUAAAAAAAAAAAGAAAAAAAAGAAUGUAGAUGUUGAUGAUUUGUAUCUCUCGUCUCAGAUUCCCUGAAGGGUGUUUGAGUUUAUUGUUACCAGCUGACAAGCACAACAUAAGGUUUUCUUCUAAUGUCUUCUAAUUUGAUAGUCAGAUCUGUAAGUUGCAUUACCUGCCCAUUUCAUCUCUAAAAUGAAGCUGCCUCAUGUAGCUUUUGUACAGUAACUUAUGCAUGUAUUUUAAUGUCAUUGCAAACAUGCUUUUAGAACUGACAUAGAUUAUCCAAAAUACAGUAUUCAGUUUCUUUAUGCAAACAUUUAGGUGAAAUAUUUCCUAAACUAUUUGAAUUGGUAUCAGUUUUGGGGGAUUUAAAUAUGCAUUUUAUUAAAACAGAAAAAUGGAUUUGCAUGUUUCAUAUUUGUCUGUUGUUUGGCUUUGAAAUUAAAUUUUCUCCAAACAAAAUGAUGUUACCAACUAACAGACAUGGAACACAUCAACAAGGACAUCAAUAUUAGGAAUCUGACUUUGAAGGAUUUGAUGAAACAUCUAUGCAACCUGUGUAAAAUACUGAAGCCUUAAUUUAAAAUAAUGGAGCUGUGCUUCAGCAGCUGGAUUUGGCAUUACUUCUGCAUGUAAUUGGUUCAGUUCUCCUGAUUUUUUUUUUUUUUUUUUUUUUUUUGUGUUCCACCAACAUUUCUACAAGGGCUUGUGCAUGUGUUCGUGUCAUGUGGAAGAGUUGUGUCAAGUGUGAAGAAACCCAACUUUCUGAGUCAGAGGAAAUAUUUUGGGUGAUGAUGGUAAAUGUCUGUGCUUGCGGGCCAGGGCAGCAACAUUUCCCGGCUGGCAGGAGCUGGUCCAGCUGCUGGAUGAUGUCCGUUCGAUCCAUAAAGCAACUUCAGUCUAGUGACCUUGAAGUUGAGUUGGACAGGUGUUGAAACCUUUCCCUCUGCCUUUGGCCCACAAGAACAGAAAGGACUCACUUUCUGAGGAGAGAGUGAGUGACUUGACUGAAAAGAAUUUAAAAAAAAAAAAAAAAAAAAAAAAAA